AUGGCAGGGAACAUCACCGUCACUAAGAUCAGGAGCAGCGUAUCAACUCAGGCCAACCGAUACCUUUCAGAGAAAGAAAGGAGGCAGCUGGCCAAAUCUAUGUGCCACGAUCCGAACACGGCAGAUAGGUUUUAUGUCGCUCUUCCUGACAAGGAGACAGGUCACCAGACCAGGAAGCUGAGACUUAAGGCCUUGGAGAAGGCUUCUUCACACCCCCCUCAGUAUGAUACUGAGACACCGUCCACCAGCUCUGAUGAAGAGGAACCCCCGUAUGAUGAUGAGGUUUCAAGCCCCUCCUUGGUGUCCUCUUCAGAGGAGUUGGAUGACAAAAAUUCAGACUGGGUCAGCCACAGAAGGAAACUGUCCUUCUCACCGAAGAAGGAAUGUGAACCAUGCGUAGUGACGCUUGACAGAUUAAGACCCAAAAUUGCAGAGUAUUAUCUGUACAAGCAAAGAUCUGGUACAAAGCAAGCUUUAUCCGUCCAGCCUGAAGCACCCAGGGCCGAAGAGGGGCAGGAGACCCCUGCAGAGCAGGCUCAAGAAAACAUGCCUGAACCCACGCUUGCCACUGUGCUCACACCUGACCUCAUUCUCGACACUCCAGACAUGAGGCAGGACAUAACAGAAUUUGUUCCCGACACCCUGCUAGAGGAGAUGGCUGACAUCCCAGUGGAGGACAAACUGAGCUUAGUCCUGACCCCAUAACUGUGUUUGAAGUCAGAAUUCUGAGAUCAAAGUUUGAAUCCUGACUUUUUUCUCAGAAUUUUGAAAAAUAAUUUAGGAAGAGGUUUUUGUUUUUG